AUGAAAAAAACUUCACUAACAAAUCCAAAUGAUAGAAAUAAAAAUACCAGAUAUGUUGAAUAUCAAAUAGACCAUGAUGGAAAUGAUGAUAAUUAUGAAGUGGAUAACGAUGGAAACGGUGAUGACGAGGAAGAUACACAUAGAACAAGUAAUAGUAAACAAAAUUCUUAUAGCGAUAAAUAUGUAACUGGUCAAAAACAUUAUCAACUUAAAUCAAAUACUCAGCAAACAGUUUCAAGAAAAGGUUAUUAUGACAAUUUUAUUUUCGAAUAUUAUAAACUUAGAUAUGGAGAUAAUUUUUUAAGUAGUGAUAUGAAAGAACAUAAUGUGAAUUGGGAUGAUGAUACUUCUAAUGAUGAUUUUGAUGGCGAUAAUACAGUAGUGGAUUCUAACCCUUCAACCGUGACAAAUAGUGUCAAACUAUCUGCUGAAAAGCAAAGAGAAAGAAAAGAUUGGCAAAGUUUUUUAUCAUCUGUGUUAACUGGCGAGGUUAUAAAGUCUGAGAAACAAAGAAUUAAUUCAAACACUCGUCAGGCUGCAAAUAAUAAUAAUCAAAUUUGGUUAGGAAUUCGAGCUGUUACUCAUGGUUAUCAACUUUCAGAAGAAAAACAAAUUUUGGAUGAAAAGAGACGUCAAAUUGAUGUCACGCUUAAGGAAGUAAUCAACUUUCAAGUACAGCUAAAUGAUGUUUCAGCUCUCGUUCAAGUUACAGAAUUACUUCAAAAAGUUGAUUUUUGUGAAAGCCUUUAUCCAACACGAAAGGCAAUGAUGUCUGACAAGCCUUUAUACAAAUCAGAAAAUUUUCAAUAUAACUUAGAUGCAUUAAAUUCAUGGUUAACAAUAACUAGGAGUUUACAGACCCAACUAAAAAUUCUGCAAGAUUGGACCGGUAGUAAAAAUUUAGAAAUCACAAAACCAAAGGAUUCUCCGGCCGAUGCAGAAAAUCCUUCUUUUUUAGAAAGAAUAUUGAAAGAAAACAGUUUGAAACAAACUUUUGAAAAGAAAACACUUUCCACAUUGAAUUCGCUUUUAUCAAAAGCUAAGCGUGUAAUGAUUGAGAAUGCUGAUUCAUUCGUUAAAAUGAAAUUACCCCCGUAUAUCAACGAGUUUCAACAGCUUUUAAACUUUCCCACAAAACUUAUGGAGGAAUGUAUGAAGCUUUUACUUGAAAUCUCUGGCCGUUUGACGGAUCCAACGAUGCUCAUGAUCCAACAAAGGAUGGAUGACUUUCGUAUUUCGCUUAUUUUGGCCUGUCAAAUCAAACUUCAAUAUUUAAAAUUAAUAACACCAGCAACUGGGUGGGAAAUUCCAUCAUGUAUUGAUGAAAAUUAUAACACUGUCUUACUAGAAUCUUUAAAAUUUUAUUUAAAAUUGUUACAAUGGAAGGUUAAAGGUGGUUAUAAAACAGUUUUUUUUAAGGAAGCUGAAAUAUUGGAAAAUGAAUGGUCAUUUGUAAGUGGUAUUUGUCGUGAUAUUGCUGGUGGUGAAAUUGAGGUUGCUGAACAAUUUUGUACACUUACUAACAAGCUACUUCAAAGUGUUUUAACUUAUUAUGAAUCAAAACUUGAACUACCAAAAAAUAUUGAUGCGGCAAACAUUUAUAAAUGGUAUAAUAAAAUUUUGGAAAGUGUACGUUUAAGGUCUCCCGAAUAUUUUAUCGAUGACAACAAUUUUCCAUAUUUUAUAAAAGACUUGGAGAACACCAAUCACGUUCUUGUCUAUCCAGAUACUUUUAAUGAAGAUAAUGUCUGUUUUAUUGUUGAACAAUCUCUUUAUAAUCGAUCAGAACAAAUUCAAAAAUUACUUAAAGUUAUACUGACACCGUAUGAAAAAGAUGAUCAUGAAGAAGAGUUGAAAGGCGCAGAGUACAUACUUGUUUUGUCGCCAAGAGUACCUUUUGAAUGGAAUGGCUCAAUUAUGGUUGUUUCCUUGGGAAAUUUAAAUAUUGAACUUAAAAAUCAUCACACAAGGCUUGUUGCUAAUGGUUCUUAUACUCGAUUACAAGCAUGUAAACAAAAGUUUCGUGGUGUGGCUGAAAACUGUAAUAUCAAAGUAUUAUUAGAAACACUGAAUAUCAUUAUUGAUAGUAUCAGGAAAAUUCGUGAAAUGACAAAAAAUCUUCAAUGUCAAGAGCUGAUUGAAAAUUGCUUCAGUUUUGCAACUGAAAUCGGUCAACGAUGUAUGAAAUAUUUGGAUAGAGAUGCUGUACGUAAUCAAUUAAACGUGAAAUUAACCCGCAUGGCUAUUGACUGGGUUAGUUUCAUAUGCGACGAUUGCGUUCCCACAGAUCGUAAAACUUUUCGAUGGGCUGUCAUAGCUUUGGAAUUUGCCAUGGUAGCAAAUCGUGGAAGUAAUAUUUUUGGCUUAAGCGAAGAGGAAUUUAGUUUGCUUCAUAACAAAGUCGCGUGUUGCAUGGCUUUAUUAAUUUCACAUGUAGACAUUUUGGGCGCAAGAUCGUCAUCACACGAAGCCAAAGAACAAGAAGAAAUUAUUAUGGGCAAAGAAUUUUCAAAAGCACCUGGUUCCGCAAAAAAUAAAAACUCCAGUGAUUUUUCUUUGAGUGACUCUGAGAGUUCGUUGAUUGUUCGAGAAGAAUGGGUGGUUUCUUUAAAAGAAUUAGAAGCACGGCGGUCUCAAAAAUUGCAAGACUUGAGGCUUGUUGGGAAAGUUCUUGAUAAUGAUCAACCUGAGAAUCGACCACUUGUUUUUUUAGCUUCAUCAAGUUCCAACAUUUCUCUACGCUGGCAGCAAGGAAAAUUCAUAGGCGGUGGAACUUUUGGCUCAGUUUAUUUGGCCGUUAAUUUAGAUACUGGUGAUUUAAUGGCAGUCAAAGAAAUCCGUUUCCAAGACCCCUCGUCUCUUUCAACUUUAUACAAGUCAGUUAAAGAAGAAAUGUCUGUUAUGGAAAUGCUUGACCACCCGAAUAUUGUUUCAUAUUAUGGCAUUGAGGUACAUCGAGAUAAAGUAUACAUAUUUAUGGAGUAUUGCCAAGGAGGUUCACUUGCCUCUCAAUUAGAACAUGGUCGCAUUGAAGAUGAAAAUGUAAUCAAAUUUUAUGUCGUGCAAAUGUUACAAGGCUUAAUAUACCUGCACGAAAAUAAUAUUGUACAUAGAGAUAUAAAACCUGAUAACAUACUGCUAGACCAUAUGGGAUGUAUUAAAUUUGUUGAUUUCGGAGCAGCUAAAAUACUAGCCAAGAAUCAAAAAACAAUGGGUCGAACAACCAUGGGUCAAAAAACACACGUUAACAGCUUAACUGGUACUCCGAUGUAUAUGGCACCAGAAAUUAUAAAGGGUGGUGAAAAGGGACGAAAAGGUUCUAUGGACAUAUGGUCUUUAGGCUGUUGUAUUUUAGAGAUGGCUACUGGUAAACGUCCUUGGUCCAAUCUAGAUAACGAAUGGGCUGUUAUGUAUCACGUAGUAACUGGACAUCCACCGUUACCAGAUCCAUCACAAAUAUCAGAAUUAGGAAUGGAUUUUUUGAAAAAAUGUUUUACGAGAUCAGCACAACAACGUCCUUCGGCCAAAGAAUUGAUUAAACAUCCUUGGAUGGCUGGUAUAAUUGAAACUGGUGAUGUAAAUACAACAUGGCCUAUUGGUUUCGGUGUUGGCGGUGGUAGUUACUUUAAAGACGCCACUUGCCUUAGAUGCAGUCGCAAACACCUUAAAUGCGACGAUGGAUAG